AUGACGAAGGAGAGGGAGGUGCACGGGGAGAAGGUGGUGGAAGGAGAAGAAGAGGAGCAGGAGGAGGCCGAGGCGGAUGAGAGGAAAGAGGAGAGCUACACCUGCACGGGGCCCCGGAUCCCCGGAUGCUGCAUUGCUGCUGCCCUGGGCUCGCCGCCGUUCUCCUUCUGGACGCAGGUGUUCGAGUCCUGUCUACCAGCAAGAGGUGAUUGGUCCACGUCGAUGGGCGCGGCGAGCGAUGACGUCUCCGAGACACAAUCGAGCUGGCAGACAGGGGAACCCGACGAUCGGUUUAGAUAUGGCGGCAAAACCUCGUCCUGCCACUUGGUGCGGGUCGGCAUGAAAGGACUCAGCAGCCGAGAGUCCGGUCUGACCGGACUCGACGACGAGCGGGACGAUUGGCUCUCGAAGCGGGUCGAAAAGGCCUAUCAGACCUACAGUGAGGCGAGUUGA